AUGGUCAUUAUUCUUUACUGGGGUGACAAGGCACUUUCAUUCUUGUUCGUAAUCCUUGAGCAUUGGUUCUUGUGUCGCCUAGAGUUUGCAUUGGGUAACAUGGAUUCUGACGAAUCUGACUUCUACGGGGACGAUGAGAUUGUCGCCGACCUAGAGUCUCGGGUUACGUCAUUUGACGUUUCCCAGUGGUGGGAAGAGAGGAAUGCGGCGGCGGCCUCCAUCUCGGCGAUGGACAGAAAAGUCAAGAAGGAGCCUCUCGACAGCACCAAACUCCACAACCCGUAUGCCGGUGUUCCCUACGCGUGGCAGUUAACGGAGACGGUCAAUGACUUCCUUGAUCGUCUGCCUCCCGAGACGACGGAGCAAAGCGAGCGACUCCCGUGGAUCUUUGUAUGCAAUCCGUACAUCCGCAGGAAGGACAGGUUCAAUGCCCAGAACCAGCGGAGCAGAGGCAACGAGGACGAAGCACCGGAGGAGGAGGGCUCACGACUCGAUACCCUUAUCGAGGGGGGCUCGGAGAGAUUAGAGAUCCUACUCAACUACAAGCUAGGCCUCGAAAAGACCAACAAAUCCAAGGCAGUACAGGCAAAGCUGCUGAGGCAAGAACAAGAAGAUGCCACCCGGGAUAUCAUAGGCCUCGCACACAUGUGCAAGAUCAAGGCCGGCAAGGCAAGUGCUCUCAACAAGGCCCGCGCCGCCACAGCGAACAACGAACUAGGCAUUGCCGCAAAAGUUGCCCCUUGGAAUCCGUAUACCGACCCUACCGGUCGAAAAGACCGAAUUGUAUGCGUUUAUACGGCCGACUUCAGCGAUAUGGCAGAUGUGACCCGGAUCUUGCGUCGGCUGAGAGAGCUCAAGCUCGUUGAGGCCAUGGGACGCCCUAUCUACUAUAAACCAGAUGCAUUUACGUAUCUCGGUAUCGCUUCAGGUAAUCACUGGGGCUUGAAGGCAUCGAUUUACAGUUCUAUGGAUGCUUACGAUGGCCGGAAAGACCAGUACUCCUCUCAGGGGCUGCAUACUGUUGGGAGUGAGGAAGAAAAGCUAGGUCAAUCGGUUCGAAGAAACGAGCGGAAAGAGUCGACGGCGGUCAGCAAGGCUAAGAGGACGGACUGCAGCUCAUCUUUGCUCCUCUAA